CGAGUUUGCCGUCCGUCUCUGGUCACUCGAUUAUGACAUGUGGAAACUCUACCAGCCGAGUAGUCGAGCUGGGAUCAAAUGCUUCCGAUUUAUCAACCCGCGUUGUGGCAACAGCAUCAGGCGAAAAUCAUGCCCGUCGGAUGGCCUGGAGGACUUCAGAAUCGUUGAGCUGUCGGUGGGAAGUGUGAGGGGUCGUCGGCAGAGCGGUAUCUAUGGUGACACCUUCUUCAGUUUCGAGGGAAUUCCCUUCGCCAAGCCCCCGCUGGGAGAACUCCGAUUCUUGGCCCCUCGUCCGGCGGAUCCAUGGAACACAGAGCUCGAUGCCCGGCAAGAGAGGUCGAUUCCGCUGCAGAUGGAUAGGCAGACAGGACAGGUAAUUGGCAGCGAGGAUUGCCUGUACCUAAACGUGUACACAAACAUGUAAGUAAUCGAAUUGAUU